CUUUGAUAGCGUCUACCAUACAAGAUUUUAAGAAGGUCCGAAAUGCCAUACAGGGCAAGAGAUGAACGAGCAAGGCCAGUGACAACCCAGAUACAAAAGCCAUGGCAAUCAUCCUUAGGUGUAUCAGCAUCCGUUUCAGUUCUUAAUCUGGUCGCAUUCUUGCUGCAUUCAUCGGCUUCAAUUGUAUUCUUGGUCUUUCUCAAUGCAACGCAACCUUUCCUGAUCGCUCAGCUGGACGGAAAGCAUGGCGGUGAAGUAGGUAACAGACAAGGAUCAUUAAGCGGAACUUUGGUCUUUGCCGAUGAAUCAUUGAGCAUCUUUCUUGCUUUGAUAUGGGGAAGUUUGGCAGAUGUGAUUGGGACAAAAUAUGUGGCAGUGAUUGGAUAUUGUUUUAUUUCAAUCGCUUUGUUCACUUAUACUUUUGCUCAAAAUGCAUGGCCGCAAUUACUCUAUUGUCGUUUGAUAUUCGCAGUCGGUGGAAGCAGUGUGACAGCGAUGUUAACAGGCAUUCUCAAUUCCUACUCUGCAACAUUCAGCGAAGUGAGGCAAAGGACUUCAGUCGAAGAUAUUGCAACAGAGACAGAGGCUCUUCUAGGUGAUAGGUCAAACACAGGGAGAGGGAGACCAAAGAAACAAUCACAUGGCCGCUUAGCUGCUUUAGCAGGCCUUACGACUGGCUUUGGAGCUCUAUUAGCUGUCUUUGUCCUAUUGCGUUUGCCGACAAUCUUGGCCGGCAUUCAUGAUCAAAAAGACAAGUUCUCUUCUUCGAACCAAAAGAGCCAUGAUGAUGAGGCAAUACGACAAGGAACAAAAGAAGCAUUUUAUAUCGUGGCGAUAUUGGCAUUACUUGUUGCUGCUGCUCUGUCGUUCGGACUAAAAAUGGACGCACCAUCGUCAAAGCUAGUGUCAGGAAGACAUACACCCUCACCUGAAGAACUCAAUGCUAGCAAUCUCAACAUCACUCAAGCUUCAACUCGCGAAGCUAGACGACAGAGACUUCGUUCACGAUUGCAAAGACGGACUGAGGCUGGUUCUUGGUCCAACUUUUUCUCUGGCGUUCAAAAAUUGGCUAAAGGGGUUCUUGCUGGUUUCAGAUUGGCAGGUAAAGAUGGCAAUCUACCCCUGGCAUACAUUGGUGGAGGACUGGCCAGAGCGAGUACGAUUGCAACUACUGUGUUCAUUCCGGUGCUCGUCACUCGAUUUUUCUAUUCUUCCGGCCUCUGUUCCGAUCUUUCGACGCCAGAUGUGCCAAAUGAAGAACUCAAAAAACGCUGCAGACAAGCAUUCACGGUGGCAUCCAUCUUGUCUGGUGUGAUUCAACUUGUCGCACUUCUGUUGGCGCCUCUGAUUGGCUAUCUGUGCGAUGCAUUCACUCCAUCUUCUACCCUCUUUCUCGUUUCCUUGGUCGGUACGAUAUCCUACCUUGUAAUGGGAACUGCUUUGCCAAACGAUGGAGAUCCUCGUACGCCUGUCGCUUGGGUCGCUGCUGUCGGAAUAGGAUUCGCACAGAUUGGUGUUAUUGUCGCUUCUUUGGCACUCUGUGCAAGAGGCAAAGCAAAUAUAGCAGAACAGUCAAUCAAAUCCGCACAAGCUCCUGAGGAUGAUGCACCGACAAACGAAGAUAUUGCCGAUGACGCAGGGGUCUCUGUACCUAUAGAAGCAGAACAAUCCUCUUCAGGUGCCAUCGCAGGCGCCUAUUCCGCAACGGGCGGUCUUUCAAUCUUGCUGGUAUCCAAAUUGGGUGGAUUACUCAGUGAUCUUUAUGCACCUGCUCCUUUUUUGCUAAUGUCAGGUCUUGCUGCUGUUGUCACUCUUGCCUCGCUUACAGUCAUGAUCAAAGAGAAACGCAAACAGCGAAUAGAAUGAAGUCUAUAAUUGAAUUUUAUAAUGUAAGCAUAUAUACAAGAUGACUCUAUAAUGAAUAACGAUACACAAAAUGA